UUUCUUGGUUCCUUCCUCAACUUCUAAUUUUAUGAUUCCUUUUGAUUAGAAUCUGUCUUUUUCUCCAGUUUAAAUACUUUACCUCUGUAUGCAAUACCUUUCACAGAGGCAAAAUUCAGUUGAAGAUUGUCUUAUAGUUUUGACAUACACACAGCUUGGCUAGCAAUGGCUUCCACAAGCGCUCAAAUGGCGUCUGAUUCUUCUCCUUCCAACCUUGGUUGGACUCAUGACGUGUUCUUGAGUUUUAGAGGGGAAGACACCCGUUACAAUUUCACUGAUCACUUAUAUAAUGCUUUGGUUAGAAAAGGCAUUAUAACUUUCAGAGAUGACCAACUUCCGAGAGGAGAAAAAAUUGCGCCAGAGCUUCUAAAUGCUAUUGAAAAAUCAAGAUCUUCCAUUGUUGUUUUCUCAAAAACUUAUGCUGAUUCAAGAUGGUGCCUAGACGAGCUUGCAAAGAUUAUGGAGUGCAGCCGGAAAUAUGGGCAAAUAGUGUUGCCAAUUUUCUACCAUGUGGAUCCAUCGGACGUACGUAAACAAACAGGGAGGUUUGGAGAAGCAUUCACCAAGUAUGAAGAAAAUUGGAAGAACAAGGUACAAAGUUGGAGGGAGGCCUUGACUGAAGCAAGCAAUAUUUCUGGAUGGGAUAUUGUAAACAAGGGGUAUGAAUCGGAGCAUAUCAACAAUAUUACUACCACCAUCGCCAAUAGAAUAUUGAAUCGUAAACUCUUGUUUGUUGGGGAUAAUUUAGUUGGAAUGGAUUCCCAUUUUAGAAAAAUAAGUUUGAGAUUGAGUAUGGAGUCAAAUGAUGUUCGCAUGGUUGGGAUAUGUGGAAUUGGCGGAAUAGGUAAAACAACCAUUGCUGGAUAUAUAUAUAAUCAAAUUUCUUGGAGAUUUGAAUGUAUUAGCUUCCUUGAUAAAGCCAAAGUGGUUUACAAAAAUGAAGGUCUACUUCAUUUACAAAAUCAACUUCUCAAUGAUAUCCUAGGGGAUGGAAAUCAAAAGAUAAGCAAUAUUUACCGAGGAGUCGAAGUGAUAAAAAAUAGUCUUUACUUUCGAAAGGCUCUUAUUGUUUUUGAUGAUGUUGAUAUUGAUGAUAUAGACCAAUUAGAAUUUUUAGUUGGAAAUCAUACUUGGUAUGGUAAAGGAAGUAGAAUCAUCAUCACAACUAGAGAUAAACAAUGCCUAACUAAGCUUAAUGUGGAUUACCUAUAUGAGGUUGAAAGACUAGAAUCCAAUGAAGCACUUGAACUCUUUAGUCAACAUGCCUUUCGUUCAAAUCUUCCAAAAGAGGGUUUUGAAAAUCUCUUAGAUCAUGUGAUAGGUUAUUGUGAUGGUCUUCCAUUAGCUUUGAAUGUUUUGGGUUCUCUUUUAUGUAACAAGACAAAACGGGAAUGGGAAAGUGCACUGCACAAAUUGGAAAAAGAACCUGUAGAGAGAAUUCAAAAUGUGCUUAAAAUAAGCUUUGAUGGAUUAGACACUACACAACAGAUGAUACUCCUUGACAUUGCUUGUUUUUUUCAAGGUGAAGAUAAAGACUUUGCUUCAAAAAUAUGGGACGGUUAUGAGUUGUAUGGUGAAAUAAAUAUAAGAGUUCUAACAGAGAAAUGUCUUAUAACUAUCUCAAACAAUAAGCUACAUAUGCAUGGUUUGAUCGAGAAAAUGUGCAAGAAAAUUGUUCGAGAACAACAUCCCAAUGACCCUAGAAAAUGGAGCAGAUUAUGGACUCGGGAGGAUAUCUAUCGUGCGUUUGUAAGUGAAAAGGGGAUGAAAAAUGUUGAAACCAUUUCUCUAGAAUUGUCUAGAUCAAAAGAAAAAUGGUUCACUACAAAAAUAUUUGCCCAGAUGAAGAAAGUGUUUGCCAAGAUGAAAAAACUUAGGUUGCUCAAGGUCUAUUAUAGCCAUGGUGUUGAGUGUAAAACGCGUCUUCCUAAAGGCUUUGAAUUUCCUCCUAAUUUAAACUAUCUUCACUGGGAAGGUUUAGUGUCUUCGCCUUCAAAUUUUCAUGGAGAGAAACUUGUUGCGAUCAGCUUGAAGAAUAGCAACAUAAAAGAACUUUUGAUAGGGGAGAAGUGUCUUGCAGAAUUGAAGUUCAUUGAUCUAAGUAACUCACGACAGCUCAUCAAAAUACCAAAAUUGUCAAGGAUGCCAGAAUUGGAGAUACUUAAUCUUGGAGGUUGUGUAAACUUUUGCAAACUUCAUUCAUCUAUUGGCAAAUUUUUUGAGAUGAAAAUUUUGAGGGUGCUUAAUUUUAGUGAGAGUGGAAUUAGAGAACUCCCAUGCAGCAUUGGGUCCUUGAUAUCUCUUGAUCUCUCAAAGUGUUCAAAGUUUGAGAAAUUCCCUGAUAAUUUCUUUGUGAAUAUGAGACAUUUAAAGUGGCUUCGGUUAUCUCAUAGUGGUAUUAAAGAACUCCCAACCAGCAUUGAGUGCUUAGAGGCUCUUGUAGUGCUGUGGCUUGAUAAUUGCUCAAAUUUUGAGAAGUUCCCUGAGAUCCAAAAGAAUAUGGAAAAUCUGUAUGGGCUUGUUCUAUCUGAUACUCCUAUUAAAGAAUUAUCUUGCUGGAUGGGUCAUUUUCCCAGACUUAGAUGGUUACCUUUGAUAGGAAGCAAAAACUUGAGGAGUGUUCCAAGCAGCAUUUUACAGUUGAAAUCCCUGCGCCGCUGCAAUCUCGAUGGUUGUUCAAAUCUAGAGAUUUUUUCGGAGAUCAUGGAGGAUAUGGAACAUUCAAAAGGCCUUUCUUUACGUGAAUCAGCUAUACGUAUGGCAACGUUGGACUUGAGCAAUUGUGAGAACCUUGAGACUCUUCCAAACAGCAUUGGUAUGACGUGUGUUAGUGAACUUACUGUUCGUAACUGUCCAAAGCUCCACAAAUUGCCCGACAGUCUGAGAAGCAUGCAGUUAAAAGUACUAGAUAUAAGGGGUUGCAAUCUGAUGGCAGGAGCAAUCCCCGAUGAUUUAUGGUGCUUGUUCUCAUUGGAAUCGUUAAAUGUGAGUAGAAUCAAUAUUGAUUGCAUACCUGGUGGCAUCAUUCAUCUUUCUCGGUUGCAUAUCCUUGAGAUGCAUCACUGCUUGAUGCUUAAAGAAAUUCCAAAGCUUCCAUCAAGUCUAAGAUGGAUAGAAGCACAGGGUUGUCCACUCCUGGAAACUUUAUCAAGUGAUGCAAAGCAUCCACUCUGGUCCUCUCUUCACAACUGCUUAAAAUCACACAUUCAGGAUUAUUUUGAAUGCCCACCAUACUGGAAGUACUACGGUGAAACUAGAGUUGUUAUUCCAGGAAGUAGAGGAAUACCAGAGUGGAUAAGUCAUAAGAGUAUGGGAGAUGAAAUAACAAUAGAUCUCCCAAAGAAUUGGUAUGAAGAUAACAACUUCUUGGGAUUUGCUUUAUUCUCUCAUUAUGCUCCAGUUGAUGAUGAUAUAUUCAAGGCAGCAAAUAUUCGUAUUGCAUCUGAUAGUCUUCGAUUGUUGAUAUCCGAUGGUGAUCAAUUUGGACACGUGGAGAAAAUAAUGUCUCGUAUGAUUUUUAGUACAUUAUUUCCAAAUCCAGCAUUGAGGGUGGUCUAUUUCCCUCAGAGUGCCAUUUCAAGUGAGUAUCGAUCUAAUAGGUGGAACAAGUUUAAGACUAGAUUUUCGGCCCUUCCCAAUGAAGCUUUCAAAGUGAAAAGUUGUGGGAUCCAUCUCAUAUAUGACCAUGGCCAAGAUCACCCUCAAUAGAGCCUUCAACUAUUCAAUGUCAAAAGAAGCCAUGAUGAUACAGAGGAUCACCCACAUGUCUAGUUUCCAGCUCCCUCCGCCAAGGCUUUCAGCGGAGCGUUCCUCUCUCUCCCAUCAACUUUGGUUUCGGUCUCUCUUCUCAUCGUUGACGAAUCACAAACCUCGCCGGCGCAAUGGGCAAUGAAAUAUUCCUGUUGCCGAAAACGCUGAUCGGUCGGAGAUUAAAGCCCUAGAUCAACCAGAAUCUCACUGAAGAACCCUACAGAAAAAAGAGCAUCCUUGAGACUUCGAAAACAAGUUCGAGAAGACAUUUUGUUUAGAUGUUCUUCCUUAGCUUGAUUGAGCACACGCUGCAAUUGCGGCCUCAUCUUCUGGACCUUCCCCUCAAUGAAGCCGUCAAAAGAGAGUUUGAAAGUCUCUUCUUAGACAAGCCAAAAUUGAUGAUUUUGAGCGGAUUCGCCCACAAGAACUGAAUGAACAAAAUAUAGAAGCCUUAGUUGCUGAGAAUAAUCUGAGUAAAAUUGCUCAUGAUUCAAGAUUUAAUUCUUAAAGUUGGAGAGUGCUUGGAGGCAAG